AUGGUCGGCUCGUGUCAACACAUCCGCAACGAUCUCACAGACUGCAUCCUCAAAACAGACUGCUACCUGAAGCAAGGCAAAUCGGCGCAAGAAUGCAUCACAUCACACAUGGCUGAGCUUCCGGUGGAAUGUCAACAUCUGUACAAGUCGUUUGUCGAGUGUAGACGUGGUAUGGUACGUAUCCGAAGCCUUGGUCGAGAAGAAGUAGAACGGAGACUGACGUUGAUUCCAUCUGUUGCUAUGACAGUUGGAUAUGAGGAAGCGAUUCAGAGGUAA